AUGAAGGCCUCCCAGAUCCUCGCCGUCUUCGGCUUCACCACCCUCGCCCUGGCCCAGAAGAUUGCUAACACCCACACACGGCACUGCGAGGCCGCCCGCCCUACCACCGCCGCCGCCGUCUCUUCCGGCACGACGCUGAGCACCGCCGUCGCCGUCACCACCACCGCCACCGUGACCGACGACCACGACCACGACGAGGACCACGACCACACCGCCGGCACCGCCAGCCUCGCCCCCUCGCCCACCGAGUCCAUUGGCUGCGAGCCCCACGGCGACCACUGGCACUGCGACGGCCCUGCCACCGCCGCCGUCUCCGGAUCGGCCACCGCCACCACCACCGUCGCCGUCACCACCACCGCCCCGGCCUCCACCGGCGCCGCCGCCACCUCGGCCAACGGCACUGCCGCCACCACCACCGCCGUCCCCGCCGGUGCCGCCCGCGCUGGCUUCGGCGCCGCCGCCGUCGCCGUCGCUCUCAUGGCCCUCUAA